GGAGCUGGCGCCGAAGGACCCGAGGCUGCGCGCGCGGAGCGUCCACGCGGGGAGGGGUUGUGCGGGAAAGGAUGAGAAACCCCGUUCCUCUGCUCUGCCUCGGGAGUGUCUUUUGUUGCUUUGCGGCGGGAAGCUCCGCCACGGUUGGUCCAGAGGACCCGCGGCAAGAUGCGCUCCACAAAUCCAGGGAUGUAGAGGCUGCCGCUGAAGACUCUGUGAAGUUCAGCCUCCGCACCUCUGAGGACCCAGAGCAUGAAGGAUGUUACCUGUCCCUUGGCCACAAUCAACCCUUAGAAGACUGUGGUUUCAACUUGACAGCAAAAACUUUUUUCAUCAUUCAUGGAUGGACGAUGAGUGGCCUGUUUGACAAUUGGCUGCACAAACUCGUGUCAGCCCUUCAGACAAGAGAGAAAGAUGCCAAUGUGGUGGUGGUUGACUGGCUCCCCCUGGCUCACCAACUUUACACCGAUGCAGUCAAUAACACCAGGGUGGUGGGACAGAGCAUUGCAAGGAUGCUCAACUGGUUGCAGGGGAAGGAUGGUUUUUUUCUCAGUAAUGUUCACUUGAUCGGCUACAGCCUCGGAGCUCAUGUUGCUGGAUACGCUGGCAACUUCGUGAAAGGAACAGUGGGCAGAAUCACGGGUUUGGAUCCCGCCGGGCCCAUGUUUGAAGGGGUGGACAUCCACAAGCGGCUCUCCCCUGAUGAUGCAGACUUUGUGGAUGUCCUCCACACCUACACACGCUCCUUUGGCUUGAGCAUCGGGAUUCAGAUGCCUGUGGGCCACGUUGACAUCUACCCCAAUGGGGGUGACUUCCAGCCGGGCUGUGGACUCAACAAUAUCUUGGGGUCAUUUGCAUAUGGAACGAUCAUGGAAGUAAUGAAAUGUGAACAUGAGCGGGCCGUGCACCUCUUUGUUGACUCCCUGGUGAAUCAGGACAAGCCAAGCUUUGCGUUCCAGUGCUCGGACUCGAACCGCUUCAAAAAGGGCAUCUGCCUCAGCUGCCGGAAGAACCGUUGUAACAGCAUCGGCUACAAUGCCAAGAAAAUGAGGAACAGGAGGAAUAGCAAAAUGUACCUAAAAACCCGGGCGGGCAUGCCUUUCAGAGUUUACCAUUAUCAGAUGAAAAUCCAUGUCUUCAGCUACAAGAACAAGGGAGAAAUUGAGCCCAACUUUUAUGUCACCCUUUAUGGCACCAAUGCAGAUUCCCAGACUCUGCCUUUGGAAAUAGUGGAGCAGAUGGGCCUGAAUGCCACCAACACCUUCCUGAUCUACACCGAGGAAGACUUGGGGGACCUCUUGAAGAUCAGACUCACCUGGAAGGGGGCAGCUCAGUCCUGGUACAACCUGUGGAAGGAUCUCCGCAGCUACCUGUCUCAACCCCACCAACCCACGCAGGAGCUGAACAUCAGGCGCAUCCGGGUGAAGUCUGGGGAAACCCAGCGGAAGUUGACUUUUUGUGUAGAAGACCCUGAGAACAUGAGCAUAUCCCCUGGCCAAGAGCUCUGGUUUCACAAGUGUCGGGAUGGCUGGAGAAUGAGGAACGAAACCAGCCCGACUGUGGAACUUCUCUGAGGGGGUCUGUGGAGUCUUGCCAGUGAGGACCCACCACCUUCCAAGCACCUGGAGGAAAGUUACUGCUGAUGACCCACCUGAUGGAAGGACCCCUCUUGGACUUGACCCUGGGGCCUGGGGAAGAGCUUGCUUCCUGGGCCCAGGCCUUUGCCUCCUAGGGUGGCUGGAACUUCUUGCCAGAUGGGACCCUGGACAGCUGCCCUAGAAUAACUCUAACUCCAGCCCUCCAUUAACACCUCCCUGAAGGACCGAGUCCAGAGUGCCCUGGGGCCUCUUAUGUACUCCGGGUUGGUUUCUAAGUUGCCAGGUAAGUCUGCUCUUUGCCCAACAAGGAACGCUGGCUCUGAAGUGGCUGUGUGUGGAAGGCUGUCAGCUGCUUGACCUGAUUUGAGCCUCAUUUGGAGGCCUUUCUCUGGGAACUGACACAUGUCAAGGUGGCAGGCCUGUUUCCUUUUCCACACAGACAGGGCCGAGUAGAUCUGGGCUGGUGCUGACCUUGCCGAUGGGGUUCUCAUGGCCUGUGGUGGUCAAUUCUGGUUACAUCUCAGACAUUCCAUCCGGCUCUCCAACUCGCUCUCUAAAGCACAACUCAAUGGCUUACUUAUUUUUCCACUGUUCAUUUUUUUUCAGUUGAGCAAAUGUUUUUUAAGCACUUAAAAUUAAUUAGUAAGAGGCAGUAGACACAUUACUAAACCUCUCUGGACUUUGUCUCCUUGUUUGGAACUUAAUGGGGUUGGGAUUUCUAGAAUCCUUUCCAGCUUAGAUGGCCCAUGAGUGUGGAGGUGAUGAAAGGCACGAGGGACUUGGGGAUGUCAGGGACCCUGAGGCUUUAUGGGUAACAUGGAGCCAUUUCCCCUACAAGUGACAUGUCUGGUCAUUUGCAGGGUAGCAAGCGGAGCAUCAUACAUGCUGGGACCAGAAAUGGUGGCCAAUUGCCUGAUCUGAUGGUUUUUGAGCAAAAUCUCUUCUGUUUAGGGAGCUAGAAGGCAUUACAUGUUUUAUAGAAAUCUGUUUACACAGAAACCAGCACCUGCCAAACAGAGCUGGGUCUGAGAUUAAUACAUUGCUUUUCCCUCCUUGAAAUAUCUUGCUUUAAUACCAGUGCCUUUUCUGUAUUGAACUUAUAGGAGAAGCCUCCAAUUCUAGAUCUUGAUUUGAAUUAAUAUGUAUGAUAUCCGAGGAACGCUUUUAUACUUUUCAAAAGAUUUUCAUAUGCAUCACCUAAUUAGAGUCUCAGACAGAAGGUGAGCAGGGCAGCUAUGGUUAUCUCUCUUUUGCAAAACUGAGGCUUAGUGAGGUUCAGCCACGUGCCUAGAAUUAUAGGCCAAGUUGGUGGCAGAGCCAGGCUGAGGACCCUGGUGUCCUGGAGACAGAGUCCAUAGUAAGCUCAUCUCUGAAACUUCACAAAGACUUCCGCAGCCGUUUCCCACCACUCGGCCUCAGAUAGGACAAACAAGGAUUUUUUUUUCAGUCAUCCAUAAAAUCAUGUACCCUUUGGUUAACUUAUGACCAGGAAACAACCUGUGCUAAGGGGUUGGGUUUUUACGGAUGAGAUUUCUUUGGGAGGAGGUAUGAUGUCAGGUGGGGGGAGAGGGUGAUUUUCUUUGUACUUGGGUUUUUCAUGGACACUAUUUUAAUCUGUAUUGUGCCAAAGCUGUAUCACUGUUUAAUGCCAAACUUCUGAAGACAUGCCAGUUGAAUUUUAAUUCAAAGUAUGUCCUCAACUCAGUUGUGUGCUUCUGUUGCUUCUGUGAUUGCCAUAUAGCCAAAGAGAAGCAUGCAUCAUUGGCUGUGCAUCUGGUUACUCCUGCCUUCUGCUUUUAGUAAUAGAAGCCUUGAAAAUGCAGUCCUCAGUGGGUCAUGUAUUUAUGCAUUUGGCUUGAGGCCUUAUUUGUAUACAAUGAUGCUUUUUUAAAUGCUACUUAGAACACUAUUUAUUUCUCAAAUGUACAUAAUGUAUAUGAGCAAAUACAUGGUUGUUUUUACUUUAAGAUUAACCAAUUU